AUGAGCAACAGAGUCAUUGUCCCAGAAUAUAGUAUCGCAUCAAACGAUGCCUCUUCACUUCUCGAUUUUUCGAGCAUACGACCAUCUCGACAGCCCCAGGACACUCGCUCCACAACUUCUACAUCGCAGAACAACCAAACAACAAAAUUAGCAACAUUCGUCAACAUUCUAAAACGCAGCGGCCUUCCUGGACCCGUCAUUCUCCUGGGCGACAAAAAAUUCCUCGGAGGCGGCAGUCAGUUCGCUGUCUACAAGCAAACCCACGCAUGGAAUGAUCCCAACGAUGGUUUUCGAACUAGAGUAGUUGCAACAAAACAACCUAAAGUGCCUCUAGAUUCAAAUGUGAGAUUGAAUCAUGCGGAUCCAAGAGUUACUCGGCAUCUUGAACAUGUGUUGCUUGAGGUCCUGUCUGCGAGGGACUCGGCUUUGCUGGGACAUCCUAACAUCGCGCAUCCGUUUGCGUGGUCAUUCGACUCCUUGGGAUUUCAUUCCCCGUUUGAACUGGUGAUGGAACUGGCAGACUGUGAUCUUGGGGCUUACCUUGUAGACGAGGGGAGAGACGUUUUGUUGUCAGAGAAGUUCUGGAUGUGUCGUGAUGUUGCGGCGGGUUUGGAUGCUUUGCAUGACUGUAAGCUCAUUCAUGGCGAUUUGAAAUCAGGAAAUACAUUGUUGUACCGUCGAGAGAAUCGUAUGGUAGCAAAGCUGGCUGACUUUGGACUUUCUAUUGAUACUAUGCAGACAGAUGCACGUCUGGGGGGUACGUUUGGAUGGCAAGCGCCAGAGGUCGAACUUGGGAAUGUUUUGAUACCAGAGGACAUGCCUUUAUGUGAUAGCUAUUCGUUUGGGUUACUCGUGUGGAGCAUGCUCUUGUAUGCUGGCAAAUGUCCGCCUCGCUCAGAAAAGGAGAAUCGAAAGGCGAUGGCCUGCAAGCAGAUCGAGGAUUCAAGAGACGCCAUUGGUCUGCAUGCCAGCUCGCCUCUUCCAAGUAUUAUUUUCAAUCUGCUGGAUGAAACAGGGAAGAGGCCAAGGGAGCUAGAAGACUUGUUUGAAACUCCAGCUCCUGAAAUAUGGAAGAGACCCUUCGCAUGGGAGAUGCCUAUAUUCAACUCAAAUUUCGUUGUCGAUCUUUACUCCCAGUUUAAAAAAGACCCGUUAAGUCUUCCUGGCGACAUGCUGUUCGCCAUGUACCAGCUCAUGACUCUUGCACCACUGCAGAUUACCGAUCCUCAGAAGGCAGCUUUAGAUGUCUUGGUAGCUUCUGCGCUCCAUGGGUAUGAGCCCGCUCAAGCGAUUGCGCCGAUGGCAUACCGAAUUCUUAACUUAGAGACCCCUAAAACAGUCACUGAUGAUAUGGAUAUGUGGUUGGAGAGGGCAGUUGCUAGCGGUUCUACUCUUGCCAAGAAUCAUCUAAAGACUAGCAGUCAAGUUGCGAUUUCGCGUGCCCUUGGGCACUUUCGAAGUACUGGUGGAUACAAUUUCAUCUACUGCACUGUCGACAUGCUGGCAGAUCCUGGCCAGACGUCGUGGAACAAAGGAUUCUUGAAAAUUCACUGGUUGGCAGCGUAUGGAUCGCCUAAAGACUUACGAAGCUACUUGGCUUCUGAAAAGGAUUGCGAGAUAGACUCAAUGACAGAAAAUGAAGAGACCCCGUUAUAUCUGGCUUGUGCGCGGGGAUCUUGGGAUAUCACUAGUAUGCUAUUGGAUCAUGGAGCUAGCGCUUCCAUCAAAUGCACGAGAUUUGGGAUUACGUGUCUUCACUGGCUCUUUUCCUUCGACGAAGAACACCAGAUGGAAGUAGCAAGACGACUCAUUCAGUGCGAAGCAGAUAUCGACGCGGUAGCCUCGCAUCCAGUACCUUUCCUUCACUACCCAUUUCUUCUACGGACGGGAACUCCGCUACAUUGGGCAGUCGCAACCUUCAGUCAUGAAACCAUACGAGUGCUUAUUCAAAGCGGAGCCAAUUUGUUUUUGCGAGAUGGAUGUGAUCCAUAUAGCCACGAUGACCGCGUUCGAGUACUGGACAGAUUCGACUCCCCAGAUCUGAGGCCCUUUUCGACCCCACAAAUACCCACACAAGGCUUGUCUCCUUUAGACUUGGCUGCAACACAGCACGAUACUUUCAUCUUUGAGGUUUUGCUUUCGCUUUCAAAGCAAGUUGAUAUCAAUGCCGCUGACGAAGAAGGCUUCACCGCGCUGCAUCGACUAUGCAGCGAGCCGAUAGGGCGGACAAGAGAUGGGAAUGCAUUCAACAUCUUAUCUUUUGGAGGACGCGGGGAUAAUUCAGAUGAGAAGCUCAAUCGUGUAAUGGGUGCUAUCAAGGCAUUAGGUGGGGACCUGGAGAGACUUACCACUCCAUCAGAUCCCGAAUCAAGAAGAUAUACACCACUCAUGCUCGCUCAUCUCAUACGCGACCCAAAGGUUACCAGGGUCUUGCUGGCAGCUGGAGCAAGCGUAUCGGCAGAGAAUAAUCUGGGCGAAGCGGCCCUUCAUUGUCUACCACAAGAUCCGACAUCUUCCUUGGAGUGUGCGAAGCUUCUCGUUUCAUAUGGCGCAGAUGUCAACCAUCGUGACUCCAGAGGUUCAGCGCCUAUCCUGAGAGGUGCUAGUUAUGGGCUACUCGACACCGUAGAAUUCUUUCUCUCCGCUGGCGCGGAUAUAGAUGAGCGAGUUUACGGCUCACCUAUGGUUGGUACAGGCACUAAUUUCUUUGGAAUGCUAGCACGCUCAGACUACUCAUACGAGAGAUCCAUUUAUGACAGGAAUGGAGACGAACGAGUUGCCCGACUUUUGGAGAUUUAUGUAUUUUCCUCUCCUGAUGAAGAGAAGAAGCGGAGAGUGGUAGAUGUAGGGAAUUUGUGGGGGGAGACUUUGCUCCAUCACUUUGCAAAGCGGAACAUGCCUCGUUGUACAGAGGCUUUAUUGCGGCAGAAUGCACCGGUGAAUGCCCUUCACGAGUUUUUCAUCUAUUUGCCAAUGACGAGAAUAAAAUCGACAGUAUGGUAUGAGACACCUUUGGAUUCGGUGUUGGCGGCGAAAGCAUUACGAGAACGUAACAUGUCUCUUCAUCGGGAAUGGUCUGUUGAAGAAUACAAUCGUAUAGUGGGAGUGAGCAACGACAUAAUACAAAUGCUGAGCGGAGCUGGAGGGAAAACGACCCCUCAGGCAGCAUGA